AUGGAACCCGAGGUAGCGACAAGAACAUCUUGUUUACUUGUGGAAAAAGUUAGUUUCGGACUGGGUCACAUAUUUAAUGACCUUUGUGCGGCUAUGUGGUUUUCAUACACCCUAUUUUACCUGCAAGUGGUUUUAACUAUGGAGUCUAGUACGGCUGGAAUAUUGUUAAUGAUUGGGCAAGUGGUGGAUUCUUUAGCAACACCGGUAGUAGGAUGGGCAAUUGAUUAUACAGGACAUCGUCGUCUAUGGCAUUUGGGAGGUACCAUAGCUGUCUCCGUGGGGUUUCCUUUAAUAUUCUCUUUAAAGCCUUCAACAAUCACCACAGAAGUAAUUGUAUAUUAUGUGGUAACUAUAACUCUGUUCCAAACUGGUUGGGCUAUAGUUCAAAUCUCACAUCUGUCUCUUAUUCCGGAAAUAUCCAGAAACCACAACCAUAGUUCUGAACUCACUGCAAUAAGGUACACAGCAUCAGUAUGUUGUAACAUAUCUGUAUAUUUCAUAACUUUGAUAAUGUUGAAAACUGGCGGCGACGACGCCGAAGAAUCUGAAGGUAUAGGACCUAGUGAUUUUUACAAAUUCAAGGGUGUAGCACUAAUUAUAACUUUUACGGGAUUAUUAGCAUCGAUGUUCUUUUAUUGUGGUCUUUUAGGGACUCAGGAGAAUGAAUAUGAAGUUAUAAGAGAGGCAGACAUUAAUGAUGUUAACAAUUUAAAUACACACGACAGGCAAAAGCAUUUUUUAAAAUCACUCCUUAUAUAUGGCGUUUCCCUUAUGUAUAUGGCGUCAAGACUUUUUACUAUCCUAAAUCUUAUUUACAUACCCCUGUAUAUAGACGAAAGAGGGUCGUUAGUUGAAGACAAAGCAAGAAUGAGACAGACUAUAGCUAGUAUACCUCUUACUUGUUACAUUGCCUCAUUUCUUACGUCCAUCGUUUUAAAAUUUAGGAACGAAGUUUGCAAUGACAAGAUUACUUACCUAUGUGGAUCACUUUUUGGACUGUCAGCCUCCAUAUGGAUAGGCGUAGGAGUAUCCACAGCUUCUGAUACUGAACUGUAUGUUAUCGCAGUUUUAUUAGGAAUUUGUGGAUCUUCCACUAUGGUGGCCAGCUUGUGUCUUACAGCCAACUUUGUGAAAACCAAUGGCUAUGGAGGGGGUCGUGUUUACAGUAUGGUUACGUUUACAGACAAGUUAAUUUCAGGAGGGGUGGUACUGUUGGUUCAAAAUUUGCAGUGUACUCCUAAAACUGCGUGUCCAAAUUUCUACGAAAAUGUUCUGUCGUACAUUUGUGGACUGGUGUCGGUGGUAGGACUAGCUUCUUUGGCUUUAUUAGAGAUCCAGAUUAGGAAGAUAAUGCGAAGAAGUUGAUCAAUUGUAAUAUUUUUUUCUGUAUGUAUAAGUUAUGUGUA